AAAAACGGCUCGAAUUUUUGAAGGAAGAGCUUUCUGAUUAAAACCUCUUACGCUUUGUAUUACCACUAGGUAGGCAAUCGAUACAUGUGGGUUGGAUUGGAAAAGGAGGGUUACACCUGAGAAGGUUCUCUCGUAAGUAGGAUAACAAAAAGAAAUUACACGAAAAUUACUUCAGAGACACUGGAUAGCCGAGAAAGAUCUCACUAUUAUAUAGAAUGUAGAACGAUAUCAAUGUGUUUGCCGUAACAGUGGAUAAAAUCUUUUCUGAAUGAUGCUCGAUGUGACUGGCUACCUGUUUUUUUUAUCACGUAAAAAGAAGUUAUUAACGUAGAUAUUUAUUGAGCUAAUCUACAGUGCAUUAUUGUCGAAAAACAACCCAGUGUUCUUGGUUAUCUUUUGAAUAGCUCUUGUUUGUUUUCCAAAAUAAAUUCAAAAAUGAUGAAAAGAGAGCUUCAUGAAACUUGGGCUUUCCAGACUGUUUUCACCUAAUAAAAUAUCAGAACGAGUUGAAAACUGCAGAAUAUAGUUACUUUGUUUGUCGAUUAUGUUGUUGCACCAUUAUACGAUCGAAAAAAGUGGAAAACUAUAUUUUUCAAAAGUUUUCUCGAAAACUCUUUCGAAAACCAGGGAAUUUUAUAAUUUCUUUUGUAGAUUUCUUAUAAAAAGGUUACAAAAUAGUCAAAAUACUGUAAAUUCCGAAGUUUUCAACUCAUUCACGCGAAGUCAAAAUUACCCUAAGCCACCAAGUGCCAGUUCUAGGCUCAAAGAAAAUCCGAUAGCAUGCCGAAAACACAUCGGUUUUGAAGAGAAUACUUUGAACUACCUACUCAUGAAAAAGACGACAAUAUUCGCACAUGAAGUUUUUCAAUAUAAACAAUAUAUAAUAAUAUAGAAAAAGUGUCAGACAAUUAAUGAACACCAUUAUCAAAAUUGAUGUUAUGAAUUUCUGAAUCCAUGUCUGCUACAAAAAAUAUGUCUUAAAGUCUCCACUUUUGAAUAGUGACAACCCGAACUCUCUAGUUCUUUUCAUUCUCGUGUUAUUCAAAAGAUAACCAACCACACAGCUUUUUUUCCUCGACAAUAGUACUAUAACUUCAUAACUAAAAGUGUUAUAUUUCUUGAAGCAUUACUGAAAAAUGAUCUGGAUUAUACUCAAAAAGUGGAACUAUUAGAACGUUAUGGUAUGGAAACGAACCAAAAGCUUCAAUUAUUAAUUCAAGAUGAAAUGCAAGAUGAAAAUUAUUCAGAAAACGAACGUGAAACACAAAUGAAAUCAAAACAAUUAUAUAAAAUUACUUCUAAACCAAAAAAGGAAAAUUUUACAAACGAUUCAUUGGAUGAAGCUGAAUCAGAAGAAAAUGAACCACCUAUUCCUUCACAAAAAGCACCAGCUACACAAACAAAAUUUGUUACACAAGGUGGUAUUUGGUAA